CAACCGUCUCUUCCUCGUCGACCACCAUGUCCCAGAAACAACAUACAGAUAUCAAUUAUUCCUUCCCUCUUACUUCCUACAGGGAACUUGCAGAGGCUAUUACUGAGCUUGGAGUACCAUGUCAAGCGUCUGAUAUCGAGAAACCAACAGGGCAUGGAAUGCAGGCGAUUUAUGCUUUAAUGCUGGAGGAAUUAGCGGGGAUCUCUGUGGACACCUUUGACCGUCCAAGGUCCCAGCUGCUGGGGCAGAAUGUGUACCGGGAAUACUACAAUGACGCACUCACACUUCAAAUGUUCCACUAUCACCUGUCUAACAUUGCGGUCAUCGCCGGUGUCAAUGACUUCGCUAUGUCCGACAUACUACGACCCGAAGGCAAGCAUACACGGGAAAUUCUCAGCGCUCUUAUCAACUUCAUCAAAUUCAAGCAAGAGCGGCACCCUAUAUUCGACGAGAUCCAGCACGAUGUGGAAGAAGUGCUGCAACGGCGGGAUAUGGUAGAAUUCGAGCUUGCACGUGAGGAUGCACGGCUACAGGAUGCCAAAAAACAGCGAGAAGAAAACAUUCCAAAGAUUCAAGCGAUGAAGGAGCGGAACGACGCCCAUCGACGACAGUUGCGUCAGCUGCAUAAGACGCAGACAAAUACCACGAACGAGAUUGCAAUCCUGAAGGAGGAAAAGAAGAAACUCACUGAGCGCCUCAGCAACGUCCAAUAUGAGAUGCAGACUGCUAUCCUUGCAAACGAAACGCAGAAAUCUCGCAUCGUUCAAAGCCCUGACCGGCUGAAGCGAACGAUUUCCGAAAUGAGCUCACACGCCUCACAAGAACGACAGCAGCUCUCCCAAAUCGAAGCUACCGCUCGAGAUCUACAAGUUCGGCUAGAGCACAUAGUCAUGCUCGAGCAGGAUGUCCGGCAUUGCAAUGGCAUCUUGAAACAAGUGGAACAGGAACUCACGAAAUUGGACGAGGCAGAUCGCAAGCUUGACCAUGCUAGGGCUGCCCUGGACAAGAAGAAUACGGAGUCACGCGAGCUUGAGACACACAUCGAGCAACUCGAUCGACAGCUAGCGAAUGCGCAAGAUAAACUGACCCGGGCAGUCAACGCGGCACAAGAGAAGCGUCGAGCUGCCCAGACGAAGAUGGAUAGGCUGAGGGAGGAGUAUGAGGAGAUUGCGCAGGAGCGUGACCAGAAAGAGAAGCUCAUGGUUGGGAAACGAAAAGACAUCGAGAAUUUGGAGGGGAUGAUCGCGGAACAUCUGGCUGCCAACCAGGCUGAGCUCAAGGCCUUACUGGAAGAAUAUUUUAGGCUGCGGGACAAAGUUGCCGAAUAUCAGACGCAGCUGGCUGCAAAACUCGGCCUUGAUUUCAGAGCCGACAAUGUUGCUAUUAGUUAA